CCCGGACACACGGGGGUGUGUAUGUGGGCGGAGACGUGCCCACCCACUCCGCUGCUUCUCUCCUCUGCUUACUAUAUGAGGAGGCAAGUUUGGGAUCCCCCAGACAGAUUCAACUUUGGUAGUCGUCUUGUCAAUCUUCCAAGAGUUUUCUCUCCACCCCGACAGGAAUCCGCUGUUUGCAGAAGGACGCUGUGAUUAGAGCGCACAACGCCUUGGACUUUAUUUUUCCGUUUUUUGUUUUUUUUUAAAUUUUGCAUUGUUAUUCCAUCGGUGAAGCUAGAGCUCAAGAUGCCUCGGUCGUUCCUUGUCAAGAAGUAUUUUCCCUACAAGAAGCAGCAUAAUAGGGAAAGCUACCCGGAGAGCCACACAGCUUUUGUGCCAGAAAACUUUCCACUGGCUGAACUUCCAUCAGAGAACAGCUCUGCACUGACCUGCCAACCUGCCACGCUAAUAUUCAGCGUGGACAUCCUGCCUCGACCUCACCCCCUAAUUUCCCCAGAAUCUCUCCCCCCUUCACCCAUGGGCCCUUUGGACCUCAGCAGCUCUCCCUCCUGCAGCAGCGGCGAGGAAGAGGAGGAGGGCGGACGUACUUCGGAUCCACCAAGCCCAGACACAAUUCAGCCAAUCUAUCACUGUUUGCACUGCACCAAGAGCUACACCAGCCUCUCCGCAUUUUCCCAGCAUCAGAUGUCCCACCAGCUCCCCCCCUGUGCUCCCGAGACUCCCAUGACCACAGAGGCUUCAGCACGCCCGGUCUUCCACUGCAAACACUGCCCCAAGGAGUACAACAGCCUGGGUGCCCUGAAAAUGCACAUUCGAUCACACACGUUGCCCUGCGUGUGCACCACAUGUGGCAAGGCUUUCUCCAGACCGUGGCUCCUCAGGGGACACAUUCGCACACACACCGGUGAGCGCCCCUUUGCUUGUCAGCACUGUAGCCGGGCCUUCGCUGAUCGCUCCAACCUGCGCGCCCACAUGCAGACCCACUCUGAGGUGAAGAAGUACCAGUGUGGCUCCUGCUCCAGGACCUUCAGUCGCAUGUCUCUUCUGAACAAACACAGCGCCUCUGGAUGCUGUGCUUCCUCGUAAAAGUCACAUUCCUCCCAUUGUCCUUUCAGUUGAAGCUACCUGUUGUGAUGGGAGCCAAUGCUAUUAGUUGCACACACACACGUGAAAAAAAUGCAGUUAUACUUUUAUGCAAAGUGCCUUAAUUAAUUACAGGAUCAGAUUGAGGUCCUAUCUGUGGCACAUUUUUGUCUCAUCCAUUGUGAUUUGAGAGCAGGUGGACAUUCAAUUAAUUCCCAGGGGACCCCGUUGGUGCCCGCCAGUCCGGGACUUUGGCAAUGUUGCAGCUGCUUGUGUGUGUGUGUGUGUGUGUGUGUGUGUGUGUGUGUGUGUGUGUGUGUGUGUGUGUGUGUGUGUGGGGAUGUCCUUCCUCACUAUACUAUGCAUACAUGACAUGUGUGUAUCUGAGCAAAUGUGAGUGUUGAGACAGCUGUCUGCAUGGUGCACUGUGGAGGCAGGGCGCUGAGGGACGUGUUAGCUGUGACCUCGACAACAGGUGACACCCCCUGCCUGGUGUGCCCCUCCGCAAGCCAGAAACACUUUCAAUAGACAAUAUGUGUAUGUUACAGGACCAAAAAUACACCUUGCCUUUUUACAAAUGUCUCAUUUGAAAAGAAAAAAAGUUGUAAUUUUUAAGUGGAGAGUCACAGGAAAUAGUGGAAAGAUACAACACUCAUAACGUGCAACAAAUGGUUCAGUCAGCAAGGAGUUGAACCAGGGACUAACUGCUCAGGGUUAUUUUACAAUCUAAAUGACAUUUGUAUUUUGGAUAAGUGUUGACAUACAGUUUUUAUGAAACUGAAUGUGCCUUUUUUUAAGGUUGUGAAUUUUUCUGUCAUUUGUAAAUA